AUGGACCUCAACGAACAGGUAAUUAGCCAGCUUGUUUUGGGACUGCUGAGAAUUGUAUCAAAAUAGCCCAGUCAGUCUUCUCAGCUGGUUUACUUGCCAGUUAGCUACCAAUAGUUAUCUGUGAUGUUAUCGUUUGUAAGCUAGCUAACGUUAGCUGAUGUUGCGCCAUAUAAUUAGGAAUGAGGAAGAAUACUUAAUUCAUUACCAAUUUAAUAGGAUCUAAAUUGCACACAGUUUUGCACGGACCAUUAGUUAACUAAAUAUUAAGUCAAACCCAUGGCAUGUCAAGUAGCUAGUUAGUUAGCUUGUUGGCGUUUUGGUGUGCCAGUUAACUAGUGAGUUGGCUUGUUAGCUGACGUUAAUGUUGCAAAUCAAUGUUAGCUAACGGUAACUUCUUUUGACGAUGUUCAGACAUGUUUGUUUAUUCUCUUUAGAUCAAGCAGUUGGAGACAGACCUGCAGGAGAUCAGCAGUCUUCUGGAGAAUUCUGAGAGAACACGUGUUCAGGAUGUCCUCAAACUGGAACAGAAUAAGAUUGAGAAGGAGAUUUCAGUGAAGCGACAUCAGAAAGAGCAGCAGGCAAAAAGGGAGGCAGACCCAACCUCUGCCUCAAAAGCAUACACAGUCAAAAUAAACAAUUAUGGUACUACUUUUGUAAUAUCUAAAAGUAUUAAUUACUUUCCUAGCAGCUCAGCUAGCAAACACUAAUGUAAAAAAUGUAGGUUACAGCAACUGCUGCUUUUACAAUGAAUGUAUGUUCUUUGACGCAGGGUGGGACCAAUCAGAAAAAUUGGUCAAAAUCUACAUCACACUCAAUGGCGUACACAAGAUUGCGCCAGAAAAUGUGGAGGUCACUUUCACAGAGAGGUAGGCUAUGCUUUAGUCAUGGCACAUUGAUAAAAGCUUCAAUCCCUUUUUUUGCUAUCUCUUACCUACUACCCAGACCGCGCGCAAGUUGAUUUUGUCCCCCCACACCAAACGCGAUCAGGACACGCAGGUUGAAAUAUCUAAACAAACUGAACCAAAUAUAUUAAUUUCGGGAUAGGUCGAAAAGCAUUAAACAUUUAUGGCAAUUUAACUAGCUAGUUUGCUGUUGCUAGCUAAUUUGUCCUGGGAUAUAAACAUUGGGUUGUUAUUUUACCUGAAAUGCACAAGGUCCUCUACUCCCACUAUUAAUCCACAGAUAAAAUGGUAAAAGUUUGUUUUCUAGUAAACUCUAUUCCAUCAGGCUUCUUCUUCUUUGGACUUUAUAUGGCGGUUGGCAACCAACUUUAUGGUGCAUUACCACAACCAACUGGACUGGAGCGUAGACCUCACGCGUGCGGUGUGGUCAGCAUGUUAGUCAACACUUAGCCUAUGUUUUUAUUUUUUCAUUUGAAAACUGAUCCAUUGUUUCCUGCAUACAGGUCUUUCGUUCUACUUGUAAAAGAUUUGGAUGGGAAGAACCAUCAAAUGACUAUCAAGAAUCUUCUUUAUCCUGUUGAUGUUCAGGACAGCUCUAAAAAGGUGUUUGAUUCUUUUAGAUUUCCAUCAUUGUAGACUGCAAUACCGUAUCUGGUCAAAGUGUAAAUUACAUAUCCCGUGUCAUAUCCUUAUUUGUUUUAUAGAUUAAAACGGAUAUGGUCCUGGUAAUGUGUAAGAAGAAGACUAUCAAGAAGUGGGAAUGCUUAACACAGGUGCAGAAACAGACCAAAGAAAAAGAGUAAGUCAAACACAAUUUAGUGUGGUAUGCCAAAUAAUUUCAUGGUUCAAGAUUGAAUCACUCUUAAUUGAUUAGACUUGUAAUAGAUAUUGAGCCUUACCUUUGACUGUGUUCAAGAUGUUUACUGCCAACACUUUUUAGAGUAAUACAUAACCUUGUCUCUUUUGCACAGUAAGCCCAGUGUAAACCCAGACGAGAAUGCUGAUCCUAGCGAUGGACUAAUGAGCAUGCUGAAAAAGAUGUACUCUGAGGGGGACGAUGAGAUGAAGCGCACCAUCAACAAGGCC